UAAGAAGCCUCAACUGUCCGAAAAUAGACCGGCAAAAUGACUCAUUUAUGAAGGGUAGAGUCUUUUGAAUAGGGGAAAAACUGAAGAACUUUUGUGAAUGUGAUCGAGGCGGAUGGAAAUCACUGGGGAACACAUCCUCCCCUCCUCCUCAGCAGUGGUACCCUGAACUCAGACUACAAAGAGACGAGGAUACUAGAGACUAGUUCACAUGGAGACAUUCUUUUUAGAGGGGGCCCGUGUCUGGCUGAGACACAAAGAGCAGCUCCUCCCUUCCACCGUCAGUUCUUCUAAUGACUUGUCUCUGGUCUUCACCACCGACUAUGGGAAGGUAAUCUGCCUACAGAAGGUGGAAGUGAACAGAGAGAUGGUGUACCCGAUGCACCCCAGCAGCGUCAGCGGAGUAGAGGACAUGUCUACGCUGGCAGAGCUGCACGAAGCUGCCAUCAUGCACAACCUCUUUCUGCGCUACCAGAAAGAUAACAUCUAUACUAACAUAGGUUCAAUCCUGGCAGCAGUAAAUCCCUAUAAGCACAUAGCAGGAUUGUAUGACGGCACGGCUGUUGAUUUGUACAGCAAACAUCAGAUGGUGGAGCUGCCCCCUCAUAUCUUUGCUGUGGCCAAUGAGUGUUACCGCUGCCUGUGGAAGAGACAUGACAGCCAGUGCGUUCUCAUCAGUGGGGAGAGCGGUGCUGGGAAGACAGAGAGCACCAAACUGCUUCUGAAGUUUCUCUCAGUGAGGAGUCAGAACUCAGCGGGUACUCCUCUGUCGGAAAGGACCACCAGGGUGGAGCAGGCCCUCAUCCAGAGCAGCCCCAUCAUGGAAGCUUUUGGUAAUGCUAAGACAGUGUACAACAAUAACUCCAGUCGCUUUGGAAAGUUCAUUCAGCUCCACUUUUCCCAGAACGGAAACAUUCAGGGAGGCUGCAUCAUUGACUAUUUGCUGGAAAAGAACCGUGUGGUUCGACAGAAUCCUGGAGAGAGAAACUAUCACAUCUUCUACGCGCUGUUAGCAGGAGCAGACAAAAACCACAGAGACAUGUACCUCCUAUCUGAAGGACCUGAAUCAUAUCACUACCUGAACCAGUCAGGGUGUGUGCAGGACAGCAGUCUUGAUGACAAGCAGCUUUUUGGCAGUGUGAUGGAGGCCCUGAAAGUGAUGGAAUUCACUGAGGAGGAGAUCAGAGACGUCUUCAAGUUGCUGUCUGCUGUCCUCCGGAUGGGAAAUAUUGAAUUCAUGACUGCAGGUGGAGCUCAGAUCACUUCAAAAGAAGUGGUCAGUAAUGUGAGUGAACUGCUCGGACUGGACUCCUUCCAGCUGUCGGAAGUUUUGACCCAACGCUCCAUGAUCCUCAGAGGGGAGGAGAUCUGCUCACCUCUCACUGUGGAGCAGGCAGUGGACUCGCGGGACUCAGUUGCCAUGGCUCUUUAUUCUCAGUGCUUCUCCUGGAUCAUAAUGAGGAUCAACCAGAAGAUCAAAGGAAAAGACAAUUUCAAGUCCAUUGGCAUCUUGGACAUCUUCGGCUUUGAGAACUUUGAGGUGAACAGGUUCGAACAGUUUAAUAUCAACUAUGCCAAUGAGAAACUGCAGGAAUAUUUCAACAAGCACAUUUUUUCACUGGAGCAGCUGGAGUACAACAGAGAGGGAAUCCAGUGGGAGGCCAUAGACUGGAUGGAUAAUGCAGAGUGUCUGGAUCUCAUAGAAAAGAAACUUGGCAUGUUGGCUCUUAUCAAUGAGGAGAGCCGCUUCCCCAAAGGGACAGACUACACCCUUCUAGAGAAGCUGCACAGCCGGCAUGCAACAAACCCAUACUACGUGAAACCCCGAGUGACCGACCACCAGUUUGGCAUCAAGCACUAUGCUGGGGAGGUGCUUUAUGAUGUGCGUGGAAUCCUAGAGAAGAACAGAGACACCUUCAGAGAUGACAUCUUGUUUAUUCUCAAAGACAGCAGGCUUGACUUCAUCUACGAUCUUUUUGAGCGCAUUGGUAGCAGAAAUGGUGAUGAGACCUUAAAAAUGGGCACAGCCAGACGCAAGCCCACCGUCAGCUCUCAGUUCAGGGACUCACUCCAUUCUCUGAUGGCCACACUAAGUGUGUCCAACCCCUUUUUUGUACGCUGCAUCAAACCGAACAUGGACAAGAAGGCCAGCCAGUUUGAUCCUGAUGUCGUCCUGAACCAACUGAGAUACUCUGGAAUGCUGGAAACCGUGAAGAUUCGCAAGGCUGGAUUUCCUGUCCGCAGAACUUUUAAGGACUUCUAUAGCAGGUACAAGAUGAUUCUGGAGAACAAAACCCAGUCAGAUGAUGUGCGGCAGAGCUGCACAGAGCUUCUCAUGCUUCAUGACAAUGCCAAGAAAGAGUGGCGACUAGGAAAGACAAAGGUGUUCUUGAAGGAGGCCCUGGAGCAAAGGCUGGAGAAGGAGAGGGAAGAGGUGCGGCGCAGGGCUGGCAUGGUGAUCCGCGCCCACAUCCUCAGCUAUGUGGCAAGGAAACAAUAUAAAAGGGUUUUAUUCAGUGUCGUCACCAUCCAGAAGAACUAUCGUGCGCACUUUUGGAGGCGCAUCUUCCUGCGCCUACGCUUGGCUGCCAUCGUCCUGCAGAAACAUCACAGAGGCCAGCUGGCCCGAUCCCUCUGCUGCCAGCUCAAGGAGGAGAAACGGAAGCAGGAGGAAGAGGAGAGAAGGCGAGUAGAGGAAGAAAAGAGGAGGAUGGAAGAGAGGAGACAACAGGAGGAGGAGGAGAAGAGAAAGAGAGAGGAGGAGGAGGAGGAGAAGCAGAGGCUGUUGGAUGAGGAGAUGAAGAGGAGGGCGGAGGAGGAGGCCAUGAGGAAGGAGGAGCUGAGACUGAAGGAGAAGGAGCAGAAAAUGGCAGCUAAAGCAGACAAGGAAAGGAACUCAGUGGUUAAUGGUGCUUGUCAGAAGAAGGAGCUGUCGCAGACUGUGUCCUUCGGUCACACCUCUGACGAAGAGAGCCGUCAGAUGGAGGAGAUCCUGCGGCUGGAGAGGGAGAUUGAGCGUCUGCAGAAGCAGCAGGAAGACGGCAUGUCCCUCCUCGGGGACGUCUCACAUGAGGAGCUGCGGCAGAUGAGGGAUGCUGAGAUCUACAGACUGGAGAAGGAAGCGUCCCGUGUGGCUACUGAGUUCCUGGACCUGCUGGACUUUGGUGGUUUAGAGCCUUCGCUGUCAAGUGAGGAGAACCUCCAUGACCCGACUGAAUCCAUCGCCCCUCUGGCUGAGAUGGAGGUAGAUGAGGGGUUUCACGCUGAGGACGAGUGCAUUCCUCUGCCUGACUUCCCUCCACCAGCUGCGGUUCCUCUUGAUAAGGAAGUAUUCCAAAGUGUUCCCCCUCCUCCGCCUGCCUUUGCAGAGGGAUUAGUGGUUCCCCCCUCUUCAGCCUCCUCUCCUGUAGCAGGAAAGUUCUCACCAGUUGCCCCAAAUGGACUGAGUCAUACCCCUGUUCUCACGGACUCCCAGACCCCUGGCCCUCCUCCUCCCCCUGUAGUCACUAAUGGAGAAAAGCGGCCAUGCCAGAGGGCCAGCAGUGGCUCACUCUUUGAGCCUGUGAGUGAGGAGCCAUUGCACUCAAACCUGCCAGACAUGGAGUCGGACUAUGACCAGGAGGAGUUUGAGGAGGCUCAUGGGAGCUCAGGCGCUAGCACCAACGAUGGCCAUAUCACAGAUGAGGAGGUGUUGCGUAAAUCAUCUUGUACCCAGAACAGCCUGGACUCCUUCAGAGGCAGCUCAGACUCGUUUAUUGACAGCGACGAGGAUAACGAUGGCUACGUGGACACGGAUGAGGAAGUUUCCAAUGGAAGAGUGAAUCUGCUGAAUGGCAGUGGGCCUCCAUACUUCCAUGGCUACCUCUAUAUGAAGAGUGGCCUGAUGAUCCCAUGGCGUCGCCGCUGGUGUGUGCUGAAGGAUGAGACUUUCAUGUGGUUUCGGGCCAAGCAGGACUCCCUCAAAUCCGGCUGGCUUUACAAGAAAGGAGGAGGCAUGUCCACUUUGUCUCGGCGAAACUGGAAGAUGCGCUGGUUUGUCCUGCGAGAGUCGAAGCUCAUGUACUUUGAGAACGACAGUGAGGAGAAGCUGAAAGGAACCAUCGAUAUCUGCGAAGCCAAGGAGAUAGUGGACAAUCAUGAGAAGGAAAAUGCACUGAAUAUUGUGACUGAGGAGAGGACCUACCACAUCUAUGCAGAGUCCCCAGAAGAUGCCAGUGGUUGGUUCAAUGCGCUGAGUCGGGUCCACAGCGCCAGCCCAGAGCAGCUCAUGGAGAUGCACCAUGAACAGGCCAACCCAAAGAAUGCAGUGGGCACACUGGAUGUGGGCUUGAUUGACUCUGUUUGCGCCUCAGACAACCCUGACAGACCAAACUCAUUUGUGGUGAUCACGGCUAACCGGGUGAUCCACUGCAACACAGACACACCUGAGGAGAUGCACCACUGGAUCGGCCUGCUGCAGAAAUCCAAGGGAGACUCCAGGGUUGACGGGCAGGAGUUUUUAGUCAGAGGCUGGUUGCAUAAGGAGAUGAAAUCAGGAGCCAAAAGCACAUCUCUGAAGCUGAAGAAGCGCUGGUUUGUCCUCACCAGUAACUCCUUGGACUAUUACAAGUCACCAGAGCGCAGCUCCUCCAAACUGGGAACUCUGGUCCUCAACAGUCUCUGUUCUGUGGUGCAGCCUGAUGAGAAGGUCUUCAAGGACACUGGUUAUUGGAAUAUAAUUGUCCAUGGCCGUAAACACUCUUACCGUCUCUACACCAAAAUGCUGAAUGAAGCCAUGCGGUGGGCGAACGCCAUACAGGGAGCAAUAGACAGCAAAGUUCCCAUCGAAACACCAACACAGCAACUCAUCAGGGACAUCAAGGAGAGCAGUUUAAAUGUGGAGGCUGUGGAGCAGACAUACUGGAGGAACCCCAUCCUGAGAUAUACCCAGCAUCCUUUGCACUCUCCUCUUCUACCUCUGCCCUAUGGAGAUGUCAGCAUCCACUUGCAAAAGGAAAAGGGUUAUACCAGCCUGCAGGAUGAGGCCGUGAAGAUUUUCAACUCACUGCAGGAGAUGGAGGCAGUGUCAGACCCUGUGCCAAUCAUCCAGGGAAUCCUUCAGACCUGUCAGGACUUGAGGCCAUUAAGAGAUGAGGUCUACUGUCAGCUGAUCAAACAAACCAAUCACGUUCCGCAUCCCAACAGUCCUGCCCAUCGUGCCCACUGGCAUCUCCUGACCUGCAUGAGCUGCACCUUCCUACCCAGCCGAGGCAUCCUACGCUACCUCAGGUUUCACCUCAAAAGGAUAAAGGAGCUGUUCCCCGGUACAGAGAUUGAAAUGUUUGCUCAUUUCAUUGGUGAGUCUUUGAAGAAGACUAAGGCCAGAGAAUUUGUUCCUUCCCAAGAGGAAAUCAUGGCACUGCUUUCCAGACAGGAAAUGACAACCACAGUCUACUGCCACGGAGGAGGCUCCUGCAAGAUCUCCAUUAAUUCACACACCACCGCUGGAGAGGUGGUGGAGAAGCUAAUCAGAGGUCUGGCUAUGGAGGACAGCCGGAACAUGUUUGCACUCUUUGAACACAGCAACAGCAUUGACAGAGCUGUGGAGAGCAGGGUCCUUGUAGCUGAUGUUUUGGCCAAGUUUGAAAGACUGGCUGGUAGCGAGGAAGCUGAGGAUGAAGGCCAGUGGAAACUCUAUUUCAAGCUCUACUGCUUCUUGGAUGUAGAGAGCAUGCCUAAGGAAGGAGUGGAGUUCGCCUUCAUGUUUGAACAGGCCCAUGAGAGUUUGACCCGGGGACACUUUCCUGCCCGUGAGGAGACCCUGCAGCACCUGGCCGCUCUACGCCUUCAGUUUCUAUAUGGAGACAAAGCAAGGGUCACCUGGGGCCUGGAAAAUAUCUACCCUGUGGGCCGGCUACGUAAUCGCAUUGUGCAGUUUACCAAGGUGGGUGGAGCUUCAGGGUCAGGACAAACUCUGGAGCGUCGGAGGACUAGUUUCCUGGAUGGGACCCUACGUCGGGGGUUGAAGACAGGCUCAAUGAAGAAGCAGCGCAUGGAGGAGGAGCAGAUGUUGGAGAUGUGGAUAAAGGAGGAGAUGUCUGCUACCAGGGCCAGCAUCGUGGAGAAGUGGGCUCGUCUCGAAGGUCUGGAUCAGCACCAAGCCAUGCUCAAGUACAUGACCAUCAUCAAAGAGUGGCCUGGAUAUGGAUCCACACUGUUUGAUGUUGAGUGCAAAGAAGGAGGCUUCCCUCAUGAUCUCUGGUUAAGUGUUAGUGCAGAGAAUGUGUCUGUCUACAAGAGAGGAGAGCCCAAGCCUCUGGAGACCUUCCCAUAUGAACACAUCAUCUUUUUUGGUGCCCUGCAGCCUUGCACCUACAAGAUUACUGUGGAUGAGAGAGAAAUGUUCUUUGAAACACCACAGGUUGGAGAGAUCACAAAGAUCAUGAAAGCCUACAUAAAUAUGAUUGUGAAGAAGCGGUGCAGUGUGAAGUCUGUGUCCAGUUACGGAACCAACUGGAUCAGGUGAUUGUACAGGACACAAUAUGCACUGAGCUACAGUACACCUGAACUCUAACAGGCAAGAAUGGAGAGAAGACGUAGGUAUGAGAAGAGGAACAAGUCAUUUUGACAGAGAUUGCGUCUCUGAGCUUUUGACUGGCUAUGCAGCAACACAAACAAACUCAAUCCAGAAAGAUUUCUUUAUAUAGGGACACAAAAAUUGUGGUGUCUUGACUGCAUUCUAGAAUCUGCACCAUUUUAAGCUUUACAGUCAUCUAAAGCGUUCUCUCCAUGCAGUCUCCAAACAUGUUACUCUCACUGGUUACACUGGCCAUUUCUCUCAUGUUACUUGAAAUGUAAUUCAGGUAUCUUUCUGUGCAUUCUAUUUUAAUAUCCAGAGAAUGUUGACAGAGCUUGCUUGCUCUUUUUCCCAACAAAACCUUCAAUGAUUCAAGACUCUUGUUCUGAGUUUAGACAGAAUUUCCAAAAAAAAAGUGGAUUUCUUUCUAUUUCACUUUCUUUCUAUCCCAACCUGUGUAAAAGAUUGUGUUGCAGUGGCAAACUCGCACUAACUGAGUCACCUUUACAAGUGUUUUCCCCCUACAGAAUAGGCUAUUUCAGCCCAUUGUAAUGAAUGUUCUCCUGAAUGGAGAUUCCCUCAGGUUAAAGAGUAAUAUAAUAGUCAUCCUGCCAGGGAGAUGAUCUCCCUCACUUUUGCCUUAUUUAAGUUUUUAUUAUAGCUAUUCUGGGCCGUUGAUUGUAUAAACAUGGACAACGCGUCACAACUUCCCUCCACUAUGCAAAAGUGAAGCCAAAAUAUUGUGAAUUGGAGUAUGGAUACUUGUGCUCGGGCAGAAAUUUAGAAAUUAUGUUUGGCUCUGAGUCAGAUGUAGACACAUAGAUCAACCUUAGGCUUAGACAACUGGAAUGCUCAAAUGUCUGCUUUGUUUAAUGAGAAGGAUAACACCAUACAGACUCAACUGUGUAUGGCUCGUGUCAGGUUCGGACAUUAUAUAAUUUAAACUUGUCAGGCUACUGAACCCGCUGCCACCGCGAUUCGUCCCCGGAUAAGCGGUAGGAAAUGGAUGGAUGGAAGCUUGUCAGGUUCAGAGGGAAAUAUGCGGCCCAAUCCAUGCUGUGUCACGAAUACGUCAGCUGUCAUCUUAGCAUUUCCCAACCGGAUUCUACACAGUAGUGACUAAGUAAUUGAGUGACAUAUCAGACCGCCAAUCAAUACUGUCAAAUCAUCUGAAGAGCACACCUUUUUAUAUUGUCAAAUAAUUUAUUAAAAACAAACCUACCAGAAAAAUGACCACCUUUACACACAUCAGUGUAAUAAUAUAUACCAAAAACCAUAGAAAUCACCUCUGGGAAAAAUUUGUUUGAUUUAUACUUUGAGUUUUUAAUUUGGUUUAUGUUCCAUCCACUUACAUGGAGGGGGUGGGAUUUAUGACCUAUACUGCGACCAUCCACUAGGGGGCGAUCGACUCACUGUGGCUUCAGUUCUGGGAGUUGUCAGGCUAUCCAUCUUUAUACAGUCACUGUUCUGGACUAAUAGUUUGAGUGCAGAUGUGGCCUUUCAGCAAUGGAAUAUACAUUUUGAGGUGUUGAAUAUCUUGGUCAGUGGCAGAUAUUUCCAUGGGUGUGUGACCCUGUAAAGCAUGUCCCUAUCUUAAAAAAUAAUAACUAAAAGGAAAAUUUGUCUCCAAUAAGUCAAAUAAAUUCAGCAUACAAAGAAAUUCAUUGUGAAUAACCACUGCAUCAGUGGAGAUGUAAUGUUUACUGUAUAACCACUGCAGUAGAGUAUCUUCUCAAAAAGCACCAGUACUAAAAUCAGGUGAAGUAUUUGGGCUUCUGUCCCAGAACAAGUUUUCUGUAUUGAGCUGAUUUAGUGUGUGUGGAGUUGGAUGUAUGUUUUUGAAACUUACUGUAGCUGAAAGAGGCAAGCAUGUAUCACCUGUCCAAUGUAUCUGUCUAAAAAGUUUUUUUUUGUUUGCUUUAGUGAUGUUAAGGCCAUGUGAGCGUGGGUUAUUUAUUUAUUGAAGCUCAUAAAGAAAGCUCAGAAAUUAACUGUGUGCUCUAAAUGUAUUGACAGUUUUUCAAGUGCUUUUUGUUAUUCAUGGACAGCGAUCCAUAAUAUUCAGAACCAGACAAGUUGUUUUUAACGUAGUCAUGGCCCAAAAUGUCAGCACCCCUGCAUUUCUGUCAGAUAACACCACUUCUCCCAGAAAAUAGAUUGGUAUUCUAAUGUUUAUUUCUUUUGUUUGCAUUGGAAAAACACAAAAAGCCAAAUCUGAUACAUUCCACACAGAUCCCACAAAACUGACAGUUUGAAUGGUAGAUAACGAAUCUCAGUCAACUUCCAAACAAGUUCAAGCUGAGCUGCAGGCACAGGGUGCAACAGUGUCAACUCGUACUAUCCAUCACAUCUGAAUGACGGGGGACGCUAUGGUAGGAGACCCAGGGCGACCCACUGCUGACACAGACAUGAAAAAACCAGAUUGGAGUUUGCCAAAAAUUACCUGAGGCAGCCACAAUCCUUCUAGAAGAAUGUUCUGUGCACAGAUUAGACUAAGAAAAGAACAUGGUCCCUACAGUCAAACUGAUAUUAUGAAUAAAUCCCAUAGAGUCCCUGUGAAGAAAUCUCAAAACAGCAGCUGGGAGAAGGAGCCCUUCAAAUCUGAGACCUGCAGCAGUUGGAAAAAGAAGAGUGGUCCAAAACUCCAGUAGACAGGUGGAAGAAACUCACUGAUGGUUACAGGAAGCGAUUGAUUUCAGUGACUUUGUUCAAAGGGUGUGCUAUCAAAUAUUAAGUUGGGGGUUCAAUAAUAUUGUCCAGUCCAUUUUUAGACACAAACAAGAGAAAUAAACAUCAGAAUACCAAAGAAAUUGUGAUUCCAACAAUUUUCUGGGAGAAGUGGUGCGUCACCUGACAGGAAAGCGGGGGUGUUGAUAUUUUUACUACAUGUGUAUUAUUGUUUUUCAUUCAUUUUGUGCCCUGUUCCUGAGCUUUUGUCAACAUAAGAUAACCUAAGUGCAUUGCCCUCAACACCCAACCUGCUCAUUUCUUUUUACCGUCUCGCUAACCACAGGAUAUUUCCUCUUCUACACCCCUGUAAAUAUACACCAAGAAUUCAAGGCUUUUCCAAUCAACAUGCAGUAUAGUACAUGUUAAGAGUGGGCCAAGCGUAACAACCUUAGUAUUUACCUCACAUUGCAUUGCUGUCUUCCAUCGCUCUCUGAUCGUACUGACUUGGGCGUUCUGGUCAGCUGCCGGCGGCCGCACCAGAGGCUGAUCUUGCCAUUGGCAAUGACUGUAUUUCUGAUUGUUUUGAAGCAGAAAAAUCAGAAAAUGUUUUAUAUCAGAAUUUAAAGAUGCUUUAAUA